AUGGGGGGGGUGGAGGGGUUAAGAGGGGGGGGGGUGGGGGGGGGGGGGGGGGGGGGUGGGGGGGGUGGGGGGGGGGGGGGGGGGGGGGGGGGGGGGGGGAGGGGAGGGGGGGGGGGGGGGGGGGGGGGAUGGGAUAAUUCGGGGGGGGGGGGGAGUGGGGGGCGGGGGGGGAGAACGUAUUUGCGCGAAACUUCCAAACGGGGGGGGGGGGGGACCUCGGCGGAAAAACUUGUUGCUUGCGCGCGCUUGGGUCGAUAG